CUCACUCACUCACUCACUCACUCACUCACUCACCAGCGACAGCGACAUCGACACACGCACACUCAUACAGAGAUCCGCGUCCACCGUUGUGCUCUCUCCCUCUCAUCAUCCUCACCCUCACCCUCACCCUCAUACUCAUACUUCCCUCCAACUGCAAUUAUACCGCCCGACCGGCAAUCGUGGUCGCGCGGCGUGCGUGCGUGCGUGGAAGCUGAGCUCUUCUAUAGAACUGGAUUCUUGCUGCUUCGUGGCGCUGGCGAUCCCUCAGUCCAGAUCCACUGGAUUCGCCGAGAGCGCCUUACGCCCAAUCCAACAACACCCAACCGUUGUUGUUGGAACGACGCAACUCACCAAAUACCUCCUACUACCGUUGACAUACCUGCACGCCUCCCUUCAAUUCCGUCGACGUGGUGGGUGGGACCAGACAUCACGUCAUUGGACUUCUUGCGGCUCUAACAGAGAGGGAUUGGACUUGGGAUAUGCUCUCCAGACAAGCCUGGGGGAUACCUCGAACACUACACAUCGUUGGCGCUGCCAUCCAUACCGCCUUUUGAACACUGCCAACGACACAGACGGGACCACGCUGCUGCAGAGAGCAGCAUCACUCACUGAAGCUCUCCUGCCAUUCUUGUUGGCCUCAGGAUUGCCGCUUGCCGGUGUGUUCUUAAAGCAACACCGAUAUUGUGGUCAUUGUACAAUAUUCGCACUGUCUGGAAUUCGCUCCUACCUGGAAAUUCAUUCGACGCUGCAUCUCACCAUAGGUUCUGCUUGGCGACCUGGACGAUCCUUCGACAUAGACUUAGAUAUCGAUCCACGUACAGGUUCGACUCCGCAUUAUCAGAGACUGGGCCUCUAAUCGCUGUUGGUCGCGCGGGGCGCGCAUCCUCACUCCAUCUUGGCGCCAGCGCCGGCUGUGGCACUUGCGAUUCUGCCAUGUCAGACAGGCCCCAUGCCGUACUUAGUGGAAGGCCUGUCGUCAAAGCGGGUCCAGAUUCACCUGGGGAGAAGUCACGCUUCGAUGUCAAGCUGAACGACCAUGGCAACGAUAUUCUCAAAGCCACCGCUGCUGCUGCCAUGGAGGCGAGCAUUCAAACAGCCCGGCUACAACAAGAAAGCAAUCACCUUGUAGAACGAACCAGAAUCGACUCUGCGCAAAGUAGUAGUAAUAGUGUGCCACAAUUACCGUCCGAGAAGCCAUCCGGGCACAGCGUAAUCAAGGCUUCUCCCGAAAUCAGGACCUCACCAUCUCGAGAUGAAGCUCGACGUGGUGCCUCUACAGACUCUAUUGCAGACUCGCCAACCUUGCGAAAACAUGCGAUUCCCAUCGAGGAAGGUGUCAACACAUUGCCUGUGGUACAGCCGACAUCACCAAAUAGGGAAGCUGCAGCUGCACCUGCAUCGUCACCAACUGGACAGAGUUUGCCCUCGUUCAGGCAGUUGACUGGCCAAUUGGGACAACUCACCGAUCUUGCAGAGGCUGCUACACAGCAGGAUGCUCGAGUCCCGCCAACUCUGCACCAUCACAGCCAGUCCAUCAGUUCGGCAUCGCAUUCGCCUCUGAUGGCCUUCUUUCCGCCCUACCCGAACAAUGCACAUACGUCUCCUACCGCGUACUAUCAGGCAGACCCGCGCUCACCAGCAAGUGCAACUGGCGAGGCCCAUCAGUAUGGAUCACCGAAGCAGUACCCUGUGACGGCCUACUACACAGAUAGACGGCGGUCGUCCGCCAUUGCUGAAACGACGCCCAUCUUCCCACCUCCCAUGCCCUCACUGCCCACGCAUUCGUCGUCGGGAGAAAGUCAUGGCCAUGCAAGCUCUAGCACCGAUGGAUACAGCACUACGCAUACGACGCCCAUUGACGGACCGAUACCCCCCGAAGGAAUUCGAAGACCGAUGUUACCUCCCCCACCCGGGAUGACAGUCGUUCCCCUGGAGGGCUUCAGAUGUGACUAUCCCGGCUGCACGGCGCCGCCCUUCCAGACGCAAUAUCUAUUGAGUUCGCAUAGGAAUGUGCAUUCGCAGAGUCGACCGCAUUACUGUCCGGUGAAAGAAUGCCCACGCAGCGAAGGUGGUAAAGGAUUCAAGCGCAAGAAUGAGAUGAUUCGACAUGGGCUCGUGCAUAACAGCCCAGGCUAUAUAUGCCCAUUCUGCCCUGACCGCGAACACCGAUAUCCCAGACCGGAUAAUUUGCAAAGACACGUUCGCGUUCAUCACGUGGACAGAGACCGCGAUGACCCUCUCCUGCGCGAAGUACUGGCACAACGACAGGAAGGCGCCGGUAAGCAGCGGAGGCGGCGAGGGCAGUCAUCAGCGCCUGAUCCCUGACGAGUAAGCGCCACCUCAUGAGGGACACGAUCCAUGUAUAUGUAUUUUCGCCGGGACUCGAGGUACUGCAUACAGCAGCUUCAGCGACCACGCCAAUGACCAGGCGUCAUUGGAGUGUUGAGGAAGGAGAGCAAGGCACAAAACGCAGGCGUUGACCAGUGGCUUGGCGGCCGCAAUAUGUACCAGAUGUGACAUGAGCAGGGCUGCAGUCGACCAGCAUCACACUUUGCUGAAGGAAAAAAGAGUGGUCCCCAUCAGCUGGGAAACAUGAUGCCAUGAUAUUUGAUGAUGACGAUGAUACUGAACCACAGUACCUACAUUAUUACCUGUAGUGAGAGUUGCCAUUGUGCAGCACUUUCGUGGCACGCAACAAAACAACACUACCUACUGAUGAUAUACAGGUACCUACCUUACGAGGUACUUGAGGGUAUAUCGUAAUCAUAGUCCAUUCCCAUGCCACGGCUCACAUCAUGCCCAAAAUUAAUUAUUACCUCAGGUACC